AUGCAGGGGCUGGGCGCCCCCGGCCACUACUGGGUUCUGUCCCUGGCUCUUGGAGGUCUGUCCCAGCUGAACACCCCAGCCAUGGGCACAGCCCUGCUGCCACAGGAGGACACCGGGGAAAGGGAGCUCCCACCUCAGGGUCCCCUCUGGAGAGCAGGGGGUCCUGCCACGCUGAGGGUCCUGAUCCUCACCCUGCUCUGGAGGGGGUCCCUGUCCCAGCUGCCCAGAUUUACCCUGACGGUGCCACAAUCGGUGUCAGUGCAGGAUGGUCUCUGCGUUCUCGUCCCCUGCACCUUCACGUACCCAGCCUCGUACGACACCAACAAUCCCUCGGCCCAGCUCUACGGACACUGGUACAAGGAGCCUGCUACUGUGGGCGAGGAUCCUCCCGUGGCCGCCAGUGGCACCAGUCUUGGGGUGUCGCAGGGGACCCAGGGCCGGUUCCUGCUGACGGGGGAUCCAGCAUGCGGCGACUGCUCCCUGCAAAUCAGUGACGCACGACGGACGGAUGCAGGGAGAUAUUUCUUUAGCUUCGAGAAAGGCCCGUCUGAACACACUUACCGCUCCAAUUCAGAUGGCUCUGACCCUGUGCUCACCAUCUCCAUAUCAGGGCUGACGGAAGAGCCAGAGAUCCAGAUCUCGCCGGCGCGGGAGCUGCCAGGGACGCUGCUGGCCGGGGAGCCGGUCACUGUGACCUGCACAGCCCCUGGGCGCUGCUCCGGGCCCCCUCCCCGAGUCACCUGGAUGGGGCCGUUCAGCUACAGGCCACCACAGAGACCUUCCACCCGCAGAACCGUCCAGCUCCACGUUGGCUACCCACUCUGGCCCCCCAACAUCACCGGGACCCUGACCAGGAACGGACGCCCCGAUGUGUGGGGAGCUGAGGGCGACGUUGUGUCUCUGGAGACCCAGGAGGGCGACUCCCUGAGUCUGAGGUGUGAGGCUGGGAGCAGAACUGAGGCCACCCUGAGCUGGGCCAGGAUGAACGAGUCCCUGAGCCCCAGCCAGGGAGGGGCCAGGCGCCUGGUGCUGUUGAAUCUCAGCAGAGGGGAUGCUGGGGAGUAUCGGUGCUGGGCCAAGAAUCCCUUUGGGUCGGCCAGCCAGGCCCUGCGUGUGCAUAUGCAGUGUAAGGCUCUAGGGGGCACCGUGCUGCAGCGAUAA